AUGGCCAAAGUCUUCCUCACGGGUGCCUCUGGGUACAUUGGCGGACAAGUUUUACGUGAACUUUCCCGGAGCAAGACAAAAUUCUCCAUACGGGCUCUAGUAAGAGAUCCAAAAAAGGCGUCGGCCAUUAAAGAGGUCUUCCCGGAUGUUCGAGCCGUAAUUGGCGACCUUGACAACACCGAGCUGCUGAUCAGGGAGACUGCCGAUGCAGCCAUUGUGCUACAUCUUGCUGCUACUGGGCAUCUCAACAGUCUAAUCGCAUCAGCAGCAUAUUGGAUCCAAGUCUCAGGAGCUAGCGCCCUCGCUGCAGGAGAGCUUGCUUCCCCUUCAUUCAUUCCCGGGUCUGCCUCUGAGGCCGUCUUCAAUGACUACCAUGACGUGGCUGACGUCCAGUCCAUCAUACGGAAGCAUCCUGCUCGAGCUGUAGACAACUACAUCCUUGACAAUGUGUCAACCGACACGAAUAUCAGGACGGCACUGGUGUUUCCCCCUAUAAUCUAUGGGCUAGGCGAGGGCCCCUUGAAUCAGCGCAGCAUCCAGAUUCCAUCACUUGCCUCUGCAACCAUUAAGCUUGGGCACGGAAUCAGGGUUGGUUCCGGCGAAAAUCGUUGGGGCAAUGUUCAUAUCAGAGAUGUGGGACGAAUCUUUUCCACUCUUGCAGAGGCAGCUGCCAACGGUCGCAAUGACGAAGGUUUGUGGGGUCAGAAUGCUCUCUAUCUCGCCGGAGUCGGUGAAGUAAAUUUUGCCGAGAUCUCGGCCAGAGUUGCCGCUGCGGCUAAACAUCAAGGACUGAUCGCUUCUGACAAGGUUGAAGAGUUGAGGCAAGACCAGUACGAUACUGUCCUCCCUCAUGGCAAGGUUCUAUUUGGCACCAAUGCACGAGGUCAGGCUACAAGAGCCAGAAGGUUGUUAGGUUGGGUGCCGAGGGAGAAACCUUUGGAGAAUGAUGUUGAACGAACCAUUUCAGAGGAGAACAGGCGUGGUAAUUACUAA